AGUGCUCCCCUUUGGGUCGAUACCGCUGUAUACGAACUGGAUUUCGACAACAUAGCACUACCUCACCUGAAUUAUUAAAGGCGGUGCUUAAUUGGAGGGUACACGUGAAUGAAAUAUAAAGCCAAAGUUAUAAGCAUUUAAUUCCUAAAGUAUAUUCAGGAUUUCAACAUCUCCAGAUAUUCAUACUGCUUUUGAAUAAAAAUGGAAUUUUUGGGUCUUCUGAAAAUCCGGGUUCGCAGAGGCAUCAAUCUUGCCGUCAGAGAUACGCAUAGCAGUGAUCCGUAUGUUGUAAUUACAAUGGGAAAUCAGAAAGUGAAGUCUCCUGUUGUCAAGGAUAGUUGCAACCCAGUCUGGGAAGUGGACAUGAGUCUUGCUAUACAUGAUCCAAAUGCCCCAAUCACACUUACUCUUUAUGACAAAGAUACAUUCACCGUAGACGACAAAAUGGGAGACGCAGAGAUAGACAUAAAACCAUACCUCGAAGCAAUGAAAAUGGGGUUGAAAGGCUUGCCAGAUGGUUCCAAGGUUCAUAGUGUGGAGCCAAGCGAGGAAAACUGCUUGGCAGUUGGGAGCAACAUUGUCUGGGAGCACGGUAAAAUGACACAAGAGAUGAUACUUCGACUGAGAAAUGUAGAAUGUGGUGAAGUUGAGAUCCAGAUUGAGGUGAUUGAUGCACCCUCCCCUAAAGCCAACCUCUUCUAAUUAAGGAACGUGGUUGCUGCUGCUGUUGAUGUUGUUGUUGCACUUGCUGUUGCUCGUUGUAAAUUAGUUUAGUGAAGCUUAUAAUGUGGGGAUGAGACUCAUGCAACUUUACCAGUUUAGCCUCAUGAGGUAACAAGGUGUCAGAGUCAUUUGCUUCAAUAAGUUGUUAAACCCCCUGAUCAACAGCUGUUUCCAAUGGAUUCUGCCAAACAUUUCAGCCUUUGUACUGAAAUGUUUGCUAUUAAUAGUAAAUAAUAUUGCAGUUCAAGAUGGUUGGGGUGCCAUAGGGGAACUAUGUCAGCAUUUUAGUUAUUUGUUUUUAUAUUUGCUCAUUUUGAAUUAGAAGAGUGUUCAUUUCAUCUUGCUCAUAUUAUGUUCUACCCAUUUUUUUUUGCGAGAAUGUUCUACCCAUUUUUGUUCUAUACGGAGUACAAUAUUCAUUUUCAUCCAAGUAAUACUGGUGCAU